AAAACAUCGUUCUCUGCACUUCAUGCCGCAGCAGUAUCAGGCAGUGUUGAAUGUGCUCGCUCCAUUCUUGAAGCUGGAGCCGACGCUGAUGCUUUGGACGAGAAGAAUAUCCAUGCUGCUCAUCUGUAAGUUAAGCAGAAAAACCCGUGAAAAAUUUACAUCCAGUACAGGUAGUAUUACUACAAGAAUAUGAAUACUUCCACGGAAGAAUUCGUGAUCAAAACGUUAGUAGUACCUGCUAGAACCUGGGUGAAACCUUUGGCAGAGAGGCAUGGGACAAGAAAACAUGUCUGAGGGACUGAGGCUUACUCUGGGAUCUUAACUCACCUUAAAUCGCCCAAACUCGCAUUGCUUAAAAGUUGACGUUUUUGCUUCGCUAGACAUGUCGUCAUUUCCUUAGUCACUAUCAAUAGACCUUUCUUAUAAUAACGCGGAAAACCAAGUGAUGCAUUGUUGCACAGGUCAAUGCAAGUCGUUGACGAGCCAAUAAAUUUCAUGAAAAAAACAUCAUUUGCAUUGUCCCUUGGGGCAUCGCAUUACGUGUUUUUCCGCAUUAAUUAAUUUUAUUUUUUUAUUAUAAUGCAUUAUUAUUUUUUUUACCCCUACAUUUGAAAUGAUUUCCAGAAAACAUUAGAAGCCUUAUAUGAUACGGACACUAUAAACCCUUGAUUUAUUAAUUCUGCCAUUUCUAACUUGUGUUGUUGCAGUGCGGCGGACAAGGGUCAUUACGAGGUGAUCAGAGUGCUGGCUUCGUAUGGAGCAGAUCUUGGCAAAGUGAACACGCAAGGAAAUACGUCACUACACAUUGCGGCUUUGAAAGGACAUGGACAGAUUUGUAAAUUUCUUGCACAACGAGGUGAGUAUUCUCACGUGGACAGAUCAUGUUCGCGCCCAGAUGAACUACGGACACAGGAUCGUCUGUGCAGAAGAACAACGCAAAUAGUUUGUCUUGACGAUUCAUCUGUUUCCCGCCUUUGCACACAAAGAAAUUAUCAGACCAACUAUACGCACGCAAGUCUGUGUAUGUAGACUAGUUAGAUGAACAUCGCAAAUGAUUCUUGACGGAUUAUCCCGCGUCUGUUUGCCUUGAUUAUACAUAUACGAAAUGCGAUCAUAAUUACUGUGCUAUCACCCAAACUCUCCUAGGCUGUCCGUCAACAUUAAAGAACAACGAAGGCAAGUUAGCAAGAAUCAUUGCCAAGGAAAAUGAACAUAAAGAAGCCAUGAAGGAAUGCAAGAAAGCAGAAAAAACUGAAGCGAAAGGAAGAGGAAGCAAGCCUGGAACUGAACCCUGGGCAAUCAGAGUAAGAUUCGCUGGCUUUCAGUAGCAGCUGGGCUACUGGUUGUGGUCAAAUUAUAGCAGCAGGAAAAUUGAAACUACAUCACUCAAUUCUAUUCAAACACAAGAUUAACUCUACAUAUAAAGGCCCAUUUCCACUCAGGAAAAUUUUCCACGGGCAGAAAAUUUUGUAAAAUGUGAUUGGCCAACACAAAUUUUCCGUCGGAAAAAGUUUUGAAGUUGAAAAUUUUCAACUUUAACAAUGAUGUUUUCGGACAAUUUUCUGUCCGUGGAAAUUUUUCUUGCAGAGUAGAAAUGGGCCUUAAUGAAAAUAAUUUGGCGACAAGUCAGGUGUUCCUUCACGAAAAUGCUUUUUUUAUGUUGGUGUUGGCAGACAAAAACAUUAUUUUGCUUAUUCUGAUAACUGCAAGUUGCCCAACAUCUACUAAUUGAGUGCAACUAACCUUCAUACACCAUCUUUGUUUCCAGUUGUAUGAUUGGGUGCUGGAACAUCAGGAGAAGAUCGUGGAUUUGUUCUAUAAAUUUGACGUCGAGAGAGACAAUGGCAGUCGUUCAGGAAAACUGAGCAAGGAUAACCUUAUGACGUGUUUACUCACACUGAGUACGUUGCAGUUUAUAAGCAUUUGCGAAGAGCGCGUUCACUCCACAAAGAAUGCAUAUUUUUCCCGGAUUCUUCCUGUAGUAACAAUGGACCAAUAUGGAAUUGUCCUUACUGAACUUCUAGCGAGAGCUGUUUAAGAACCUAUUAUAGAAGUAUCCAGUAUAAAUAAAGUUAGUCAAGUUUCUGGUUUGCGCCUUAAGCAACACUGGAACAAUAAACGGAUGAUCCUUACAGGACCUCUAGGGAGAACAGUUUUGAACUGAUAGAGCUAUCCAGUAUAAAUAAAGUUAGUUUAGUUUAGGUUUCCUCCUGUAGUAACACUGGGUCAAUAAGAGAUGAUCCUUACUGGACCUCUAAGAAGAACAGUUUAAAACUGGUAGAGUAUGAGCUAUCCAGUAUAAAUAAAGUUAGUUUAGUUUAGGUUUCCUCCUGUAGUAGCACUGGAUCAAUAAGAGAUGAUCCUUACUGGAUCUCUAGGAAGAACAGUUUAGAACUGAUAGAGCUGUCCAGUAUAAAUAAAAUUAGUUUCUGGCUUGCACCUUAAGUAACACUAAACCAAUAUAAAUGAUGAUUCUUUAUACUGGAAAUGAAAACUAUCGACUCUAAUGUGUAUAAUUUUCCAGGUGCACCGUUAGACAACGAAGUAUUGAAAAAGGUCAUUGACGCUCAUGAUCCCAACAAAACGGACGCAAUAGAUUACUCGAUCUUUUUAACUGGCAAAAAAUAUGUAAAUAAGGUAACGACCACAGUUUGUAUAGAAUACUGCGGAAUACUAAAAAAUUAAUCAAAGUAUACUAACCAACUCCGUUUUACUUUUUAAAUCUAGCUCUAUCUUGUUGGUGCAGUCAAGGUAAGCAUAUCUUCCUGCGGUGUUCCUCAAUACCCACAACUUCACCAUGCCUAGAUUGGUGUAUAUUUCUCAAAAAACUGGGCGUAAAAUGUAAGAAUGUUUCUUCUAGAAAAAGAAAAAGAAAGGAGGCGGUAAAAAAGGCAGAAGAAAAAAGGUUUGUAAUGUCUUUAUUCAAUUAGCCUGCGAACAGGCUCUCAAGCUGAAUUGAGAGCCUGCAUCGAUGACUAAUGAAUUUGAAUAUCUGCCCCGUAACGUUCGUUUUUCCAAAUAUGGAAUGUCUAUCCUUAUAUGGUGUUGUUUACAACUUUCGUGCAAACUAAAUUUAGACUGUGCAAACUAAAUUUAGACUGUACAGUUUAUACUGUUUUUCGAAAUAUAAGAUAUUCAAGCAAAAGUUCAAAUGUUUUAAAUACUGUUUUCUCAAAACAGAACAUUUUGUGCUUUGAGAUAAGACGGCCAAGACCAAUUUGAUCAGUUAAUGUGUUUUUUUAUGCAUAGUGCUUCAGCAGUUGACAUAUAUAGAGCUCAGCGGAAACAUAUAAAUUAUAGCAUCUGACCAAUGAGAAUUUCGCGUCACGAUUUGAGACGCAGAUAUUCAAAUUCAUUAGUCAUCGAUGCAGGCUCUCAAUUCAGCUUGAGAGCCUGUUCGCAGGCUAUUAUUCAAUAUUUGCUUGCCGUGAAGCCUGGUUCACACCAGCAAUUCUGUCGGCGAUUUUUCUCCUCCUGGCAAAUGUGAUUGAAUGAAUGACAUACAAACGACUUAGAAUUGUUUACUUCUGAAAAGCGACUCUAUACUUUUGUGUGUGAGUUCACUCAUUUGCAUCCGUCAGAAAUACAAAAUCGCCGGAAAAAAUUGCUAGUGCGAACGUGCCGUAGAUAUAGAUAUAGAUAUUUCACAGCACACUCCCUAUCAGGGCUUUUCAGUGACAGGUUGCAUUGUGAAUAGACAGAUAGAACCGGACUGACGUGAAGCAGACCGAGGUAGACUUUGAGCUUACAAAUGGCGCUUGAGCAGCCGCUAUUAGUCCGUACCUCAUUAAUGAUCUGCCUCCAGACCUAUGUACCUAACCCACCCUGUCAACUUUCCCUGUGGGAGGAAACACGGAGUACCCGGAGAAAACCCACGACUUUCGGCAGAGCGUUGGCUUACUCUUUUCACAUUAGGACUGGGUUCGAGUCGCAUUGAGAAGUUCUCACCAGUGAACUCUAUAUAUAUAUAUAUCUGGAACGAUAACAUUCAGUCAUUUGAUUGUGAAAACAAUGAAGCCUCGAUACCAGUCUUUCACACGGAUUGGACGUCAGUCUCAGUCCCUCAAACGUCAGGUUUACGCGGAUUGGACGUCAGUUUCAUCCCCUCUCUGCAAACCGUUGCACGGCCAGUAUAAAUUUGAACGCAAUCACGAAAAAAAAUUAAAAACAUGGCCAACUCAAUGCAAUACAUUGUAGGAGCAAACAGUUUUGCUCCUAAAAUUUACUGCAUUGAGUUCGCUGUCGGAAAAAAGUCGAGGAAAACUUCCCCGUCUGGACAAAAGAAUCACUUUUUCAAAUAUAUUGUGUCGUACUGUCGUUCUGGAUGCACAAGGAAAGAGAAAUUCUUGCGAGAAAAUUUCAUUUCACAGGUAGGUAUUAAAAUUGACUUGCAACUGUGACUUUGCCGUUGCCAUUUUUCGCGAUUGUUUGAAUUGUUUUUUAGUUUACCAGUUUUAUAGUUUUUAGUCAAUACACUGGUACGUUAUUUUUUAAAGAAUUUAUUGUGUGAUCGGAAUUUGCCUGCCAGCAAAAUGUAAAUGAAUAUGUACGUGUGUUUGAAUAUAAAUUAGACCAUAUGGGCUUAGUAAAAAAUUAUUUUAAUAACUACGUUUCGGAGUAUAACUCCAUCUUCAGGUUUAUAAAAGUGAAUAAAGAUAUAAAAACUGUGAUAAAAACUUUCAAAACAAUUACAAAUUUUAUAUGUAAGUGAUAUUUAAUACUGUAAGAAUUAAGAAAGUUCUUGAACAGUUGAUGACGAAGACAAUGACGAAUACUUAUGUCGUGAUUUUUCUGUCGGCUUCACUUUUCGCUCGCUGUUAUCGUUCCAGAUAUAUAUAUAUAUAUAGAGUUCACUGGUUCUCACUGAGGCUUGAACCUGCGGCCUCAGAGGUGAAAGGCAAGUGCGCUGAGGCGUAAAUUGCGAAUUUAUCAUGAUUAUGCGUAAAACAUUGUCUUCAUCGCAUAUUUCCAUAACUAGGGCAAGACCAAAGUUCCUUUGCCGAUCUGUACAGCGCCUGCUGGACCGAGGACUAAAAAUGGUGGACCACCUUCUCAAUACAUAGAACGCUGCGUGGUAAGUUUCAUCUUCAUUUUCAUAUGAAACGUUACUCCAAAUUAACGUUUGUUAACGUAAAAAUCGUAGAGAAAUAGAAAUGAAACUUUGUUUAAUAAUUGCUUUCACAUUGUUUUAUUUCAGCCGUUCACGGACGAGACCAGGUUCGACAGAGAUAAUCCCCCUCUCCAUCCGAUACAAGAUGAUUCAGCCUGGUAUCUCCAUUCACCUGGUAGGUGGGGGAAUAUUAACUUGGGGUGAGGUGGUUCAUUUUGAAAGAUUUGUUAAAAAUUUAUGAGAAAAAUUUUUCAAGAAAAAUUUAACACGGACAGAAAAAUUUUCGAAAAUGUCAUUGUUAAAACUUCAAAAUUUUUUUCCGACGGAAAAAUUGUGUCGGCCAGUCACAUUUUACAAAAUUUUCUUUCCGCGAAAAUGUUCUUAAGUGGAAAAAGUUCUUUAACAUGGUAAGAUAGGACAUUUAUCACAAGUCAAGAGAGGAUUCAGUGGCAAUUAAAUUGAGAUUAAAAUGUUCUCUAGAUCCAACAUAUGUGAAUCUAAGUGACGCGGUGAAAUUUGGUGAUCAGGAAUCAAUCAAAGUCGCAGUUAACAACGGUACGCCAGUGAACCAGCGCGACAAGUAUUAUAAAACACCAUUAAUGAUUGCGUGUCUUUACGGCAAGAUUGAAGUCGCACGAUCUCUUCUUGAUAUGGGGUAAGUGAAGUUCUUGUUUAUUAGUGAGUUUAAACAAGCGAUAUUUUUGUCAACACGCACAUUUUAACUCUCGUGUAAAAAAGCAAAAAACCUUUAAAAAUCUUAUAUUUUGUCAUGUGUGUUGAAGACAGUGGUUGAAGAUUACCAGAAACAUAUACAAACACAUUUUUUUAUCCAGACCCCCCCCCCCGGUAAUCUGCCAUGAGUUUCACUAAAGCUUGGAUCGCUUCAGUCGUUACAAUAGACCUUUCCCCUUUUGAGUGAAAUUUUGUUCUAGACAAGUCUGGACAAAAAUUUCAUCGCAGCUUGAAAGAGCAUCACAAAAUUAGUAAUAUUCCGUUUUUCAGUCAUUUUGCAUUGAUAAUCAGAUGAAAUUGCACGGGAAAUUGAUAAUCAGAUGAUGAAACUACUGAUUAUCAAUGCAAAAUUACUGAAAAACGGCAAACUUCGCAAGGCUAUAUUAUCCGCAUUUUACAACAUUUCGCAACGAAACUUCGGAAUAUUACUAAUUUUGUGAUGCUCUUUCAAGCUGUGAUGAAAUUUUUGUCCAGACUUGUCUAGAUCAAAAUUUCACUCAUAAGGGGAAAGGUCUAUUGCUGAAAUAGUGCACCAGCGAUGGUAGUGAUAAAAUGAAAAUCAAUUAGUUGGCGAUCGAACGAUCGUGAUUGCUGAUAGAAAAAUUUCUAUCUCAGCAAUCGUAACAACCGCAGCGAACAUAUGGAAAUGGAAGUUCAAUGAUCGUAACGACCAUGCAGAUAGAAAUCCCAAAACCUAUGCUUUCUCCGUAAUUUUCGCUUCUUCUGUCCUCGUCGUCUAAAAAUUCCCAAUCAGUGUUGAGGAACCAAGCUUCCAAUAACAAACGCUCGUUUGUAGCCUGUGAGAGGGUAGUGCAAGUCAAAUUUGAUCUCUCUACUGUAACUCACCAAUUCUUGAAAUAUUAUAUUUCUUCUCACCUUAGUGCUGACUUGAAAUCUCGCGAUAAUUUCUUCUGGACUCCACUGCACCAUGCAUGUCAUUGUGGUCAGCUGGACAUCGUCAAACUUCUGCUUGAUCACGGCGCGGAUAUUGACAACCAGGCCAUCAAUGGAGGAACACCGUUAAUGAGAGCUAUCGAGAGUUCAAAAGAAGCUGUUGUUAGUUAUUUGAUUUCGAAGGGGUGAGGGUUAUCCGUUGUGAGCUUAAUUUAAGUUUUUUUUAAACUAAACACUAACUUUAUUUAUGCUGGAUAGCCCUAUCAGUUCUAAACUGUUCUUUCUAGAGGUCCAGUAAGGAUCAUCUCUUAUUGAUCCAGCGUUACUACAGGAGGAAACCUAAACUAAGCUAAAUUUAUUUAUACUAGAUAGCUCUAUCAGUUCCAAACUGUUCGUCCUAGAGUUCCAGUAAGGAUCAUUUCUUAUUGCUCCAGUGUUACUACAGGAGGAAACCUAAACUAACUAACUCUAUUAUACUGGGUAGUUCCAUCAGUUCUCCCUAGAAGCAGUAAUAAGGGCCGUUCUGUAUUUGUUCAGUGUUACUACAGGAGGUAACUGCAGUACCAGGAGAGAACCUGCUGUGUUUGGUAGAGUCAAAUUGGAAGCACUCUUCUCACAUGUGACUGAGAUGAAAUUAUAAUCAGACACCUGUAUAGUACAGGAAUUAAACCCUGCUCACAGAGAUGAAACGCCUUAAUUACUCUACCACCAACACCUUUAUACUCACUUUAUUUCAAUAACUAAAGAGAUUUCUUCUGUUUAGAGCGAAAGUACAGGUAGAAAACAAGAAAGGUCACACAGCUCUAGAUAUUGCCAAGGCCUAUGCAGAUCCAAGAGUUAUUGCUGUCGUUCAAAAACGUUGGGAUGAAAUUCCUCCUCCUGUUGACAAGAACAAGAAGAAAGGAAAGAAAGGUUAGUUCGUAAAGGACAACAUUCUUCAAACCUCGUGAACAGACGUACUAUGUUUAUUACGCUACGAAAGAUACCCACUGCACAUGACUCAUGUAGAACCAUUAUAAUGGACUCAGCUUUGCCCUGCAUUUUGAAAGCAUAAACAAACUUUGGCCUCACCUAGGCCAGGAAAUCUUGGUCCGCUUCGAUCCUUGGCCUAGCCCUGGGCUACGUCACGGCAAAGUAAACAAGUGUGGGUGUAUCACAAUUACCUUGACCUGCUCGUGGCUAAUGGGCCAGCCAAAGACUCCAGUGUGAAUCAUAUUUAUAACUCAGUGAAAAAAAAUCGUGGCUCAUAUCCACUUUAAAAUGCAUGCAUAAAAUUUUAUUUUAUGACAAAGUCUGAGCUUCAAGUUGAGUGAAAUUUCUAAAACUAACCGCAGUUUUUCAUGCAUUUGCUUCUUCCUAUUAUUAACUCCGAGGUCUGCUACAACAUUGUAUGCUCGUUGCAGGCGGUGGCAGUUCAAAAAAGAGAACAGUGAAAUCAGCCGGAGAGAAGAAGAUCAACACACCAGUUUCUGUUGAAGGAGACAAACAAGUAAGCAUUUAGGCUACGUCUUUCCGUAGCGACGUGAAAAAACACAAAAAUAUCCGUACCUUUUAGGAACGCUAUUUUCAGAGGAAUUAUUGCAACGGAGAGAUGUUGUUUCGCUCAGCUUCUCAAAGUUGUACAUUUCGUAUCGGAUAGGUGUUUUUCGCGCCGCUACAGAAAGCUAUCCGGUAUAGUGGAAACAUAGCCUUAAAUAUGGAGCAUUUGUUUUUACUUUCAUCGCAAAUUGUUUUCAAUAUUGUCCUUUAAACAUAUUUUAAUUCUACUUUGAAACUUUGUAUUUCUGAAAAACACCGAGUUUGUUUAUUUAUCUAUUUCGAUAUGUUCCUAGGAGACCAACGACGGCAAUGACCUUCCGCCAUUACUCCAGAAAUCCUCUGUCCUGCGGGCUGCCUCGGCACUCGGUAUUGUGAGUGAACAACACAGAUCUAUUGCAUUCACACCUCAUAAAGCCUGGAUACCACAAGCAACUACAGUAAGUCCCCUUUUGGUAGUACAGUAGAUCUCAUUAAUAAUUCAUGAGUAAAUUAGCCAACCAUAUUGCUUUAUUUUGCUUACAUGAUAAUACUGGAUAUUGAUCCAGUCCUAGGACAAAAUUAAUUCAGUUUUUGGACUGGAUCAAAAUUAAUUCACCUCACUGAUUUAUUCGUAUAAGAUGUCAUGAUAAAGCUAUCCAGUGUAAAUAAAGUUUGUUUAGUUUAGGUUUCCUCCUGAAGUAACACUGGAUCAAUAAGAGAUAAUCUUUACUGGACCUCUAGGAAGAACAGUUUAGAACUGAUAGAGCUAUCCAGUAUAAAUAAAGUUAGUUAUGGAUUUAACUUUUUUCAUAAUUCUCUCACAGGAAGACCUGUUACGCGAACGAGAGACUCGAAGGUUGAGAUAUGGUUACGAGAUAGACUUUCCAGAAUAUAAGCCACCUUUUCAGAAGAACGUCCACACCCGGGUCACAGAGUUAGAGAAACAGGAGAGCUGACCAUGGCAUGAUCGACCUUUGUGUAGUGGUUAACUCCGAGCUGGUCACAUGGUCUUAUGACGGCUUGUUCCCAGGCCGUGUGUAGGACCCGUGGGAUAGAUUCACUGACAUGUAUGUGUAGAAGACAUGGAAGUUGCUAAGGCAAGGUUCAGUGAGCAUUUGUGGAAGGCAGAUGAUGGUCAACAUCAGAAAUGUUCACACUUAUAAAAUCAAGAAAAUUAAACUACAUCUUUCGGUUAUAUUUAUUUCCUACCAACUACAAUACUUUUUUAUAAUGAAAAGAAUGAACAUGAUUUUCUCACUCUGAUAACUGCACGUUGAUCACCAUCUGUUGUACGAUAGUGCUUAGUGAAACCCAGCUAUACAUGUCAGUGGGUCGAUUCAGCUUCGUUGUCAGAGAGCGAGAAAUCAAACCCUGUGUUGUUGUGUAGGUAGGAUAGAUAGAGUUGUGUGUUACUAUGUCACCUCAUGGUAUUUUUUACCCAUGGUAUGAAUUACUGUCUAACAACAGAUUUUUUAAGUUGUCAGUUUAAAUAUUGGAAAUUUUAACUGUUAGAUAAUGUUUUGAGAUUGUAAUUUUACGAAAUGUUGUAGAAAAAAGGUUUGAAGCAAUUAAAAGGUAGUUUCAUAGCAUUUAUUUUUCUUUUCAUUUGCUAGUAAAUACAGAACUGUAACGUAUAAUGAAAAGAAUGAACAUUAUUUCCUCACUCUGAUAACUGCAGGUUGACCCCCAUCUGCUGCACGAUACUGCUUUGUAAAAUCCAUUUAAAUACGACACGUACAGCAUCUCAGCUCAAGAGGUAUUUGAAAUAUCAAAUAAAGCUGACACAACACAUGUUGAUUCAA